AUGCUGAGUUCACAGGCAACCAGACCUGAUACAGAAGAUGAGAGGGAUGCUAAGAGAGCUAGGAUUGGCGAUGGAGAACCUUUCGGUGCUUUGGUUGACGAGGUGAAGAACAGUUCUGCAAUGUUUGUGAAAGUGAACAUGGAAGGCUAUGCUGUAGGAAGGAAGAUUGAUCUCAAGGCUCAUUCCAACUAUGAGUCCCUCUCUCUUUCACUCAAGAAAAUGUUCAAAAAUUUUCUCUCUCUUGAUUACCCAAUCCCUGAAGAACAUAUAGGAGAAACUCUUAAUCGUGAUUAUCUUCUUCUUUAUGAAGAUCAUGAAGGAGAUCGAAUGCUUGUUGGUGAUGUGCCAUGGGAGAUGUUCCUUGCUUCAGUAAGAAGGCUAUAUAUUGUCCGAAGCCCCAAUUCUCAAAGACCUGCAACUUCAGCAGCUAACAUGGAUGCUAAAGAAUAUGAGAGUUGA